GAGUCUCAGGAUUCGCCUCAAAACUACACCUGCGAGCCCAGCAGCAGUUUGAAUGUUGGCGUAUUGAUACAGCCUCAUGUGUGAGAGGGAAGGUGAAAGGUGUUUGGCUGCUUAUCCUCUUAGUAGCAUUAUGCUGAGCCUCGUACAAGCCCUGCCAUGCGGUGCGCCCUUGUAGUUCCCCAAAAACCGGAGUCAGCAUCUCUGCGUCCGUUGCGCACAGCUGGAGGAGCAGUCCGCAGCGGCGCGGGGCCGAGCAGCCGGCCGCACAGUCCUUCCACAGGUCAAAGCUGAAGAUGAAACACACUUUGUGCGUACAUGUGCUUUUUUGUCUGCUGUUGGCUUCUUCACACCACAUAAGAGCGCAGGCAUGACUAAGGAUUAGCAAUGCAUCUGACAUAACUUCCUGUUUGGAGUCGAGACAAUGAACGUAUACUUGCCUCAGAGGAGGAGACUAAGGUGCAGCCGCAUCCUCUUCUUUAUCUCAGGUGUGCUGCUGUGUUUCGUCUACACCUUGACUUUGAAGGCCAGGCUGUCACAGCCACUAGCCUCCGCCCAGACGGAUGAUGGAGCGGAGGUGGGUAGCGAUGAACAUGUGGAGGUCAGCAUCCAGGAGUUGAUAGCGUCUAAUGAGACUGAGGAAACUAAAGCUACCCUGGUGAAAGUCGUCAACAGGACGGAUAUCGAACAGUGUAUCUAUGUAGAUCCCCAGCCUCCCAAACCGCCACCAACUCCACCGCCACUGACCACCACAACUCCACACUACCCCCCAACCCAGCCACCUCACAGGAAGGGUGACUACCCAGAGGACUUGUUCUCGAUAGAGCAGCGUCAACAGGGCUGGGUGGCCCUGCACAUUGUAGGGAUGGUUUACAUGUUUGUCGCCCUGGCCAUCGUCUGCGAUGAGUUCUUCGUCCCUGCGCUGGAAGUCAUCACCAACAAGCUGGAGAUCUCAGAUGAUGUGGCUGGGGCCACAUUCAUGGCAGCGGGAGGCUCUGCCCCUGAGCUCUUCACCUCCCUGAUUGGGGUCUUCAUCUCCCACAGCAACGUGGGUAUCGGCACCAUUGUGGGCUCAGCCGUCUUCAACAUUCUCUUUGUGAUCGGCAUGUGUGCCAUCUUCUCUCGGGAGAUGCUGCACCUGACCUGGUGGCCUCUGUUCAGGGACGUGAAUUUCUACAUCCUGGACCUCAUCAUGCUUAUCAUCUUCUUCCUGGAUAACAUGAUCCUGUGGUGGGAGAGCAUCCUGCUGGUGCUGGGCUACAUCAGCUAUGUGAGCUUCAUGAAAUUCAACAGUCAGAUCGAGCAGGCGGUCAAGACCCAGCUUAACAAACACAUGAGCAUCGUUAAGGUGUGGACCACAGAGGAGCCAGAGAAGGAAAGUGAAGCACCACCACCUCCACCACCUGCUGCUGCUUCUCCAGCUGCUCCAGUUGCUGCGCCAAAAGUUGAAGAAAAAUCCAAACCAGAACCUGUACAACCUCCAAGCAGCCCUCAAAGCAGCAAACUGCUGCCAGACUCACAAGAUGACAAGACAAGACUCAAGGUGCGUCCAGCCCUGCAGCGAGGAGGCAGCUCAGCCUCCCUACACAACACCUCGCUUCGGAGCACCAUCUUCCAGCUGAUGAUUCACACAUUGGACCCUCUGGGAGAAGAAACAUCUUUUAAUGGUGAUGUUAGAGGGGAGGGGCCAGUACAGAGGAAAGCGAAGAACAAAGUAAAGCCUAUGAAUGUCCCGGUGACAGGCAAACUGCAGAGCAAGUCCCAUCACCGCUGCAGCGAAGAUCCAGAUCAAAAGCCAAAGUCUGAGCAGCCAGCUGCUGCCGGUGCAUCAGAGGGAGCAGCUACUGCUGAGCCGUCCACCUCACAGCCUCCAAAGGCAGAAGAGACAACUCAGGAAACAUCUGACCGACCGGACGAAUCGAAGGCAGCAGCAGCAGCAGCAGGUGGAUCAGGGGGCUCUGAGGGCAGCGCUGAGGAUGAGAGUGGUGACGAAGAAAGCAGCGACUCGAGCGAGAGUGAAGAUGAUGGCGACAAUGAAGACAAGGAGGAAGAAGAAAAGGAGGAAGAAGAGGAGGAGGAGAACCAACCAUUGUCUUUAGGGUGGCCUGAAACCAGGCGCAAGCAGGCGACAUAUCUGUUCCUGCUGCCCAUCGUGUUCCCGCUGUGGCUCACCCUGCCUGAUGUCCGCAACCUGGCAUCCAGGAGAUACUUUGCCAUCACCUUCAUAGGCUCCAUCAUCUGGAUUGGUGCUUUCUCCUACCUGAUGGUGUGGUGGGCUCAUCAGGUGGGUGAAACUGUGGGCAUCUCAGAGGAGAUCAUGGGACUGACCAUCUUAGCAGCUGGGACAUCUAUCCCUGACCUGAUCACCAGUGUGAUUGUGGCCCGGAAGGGUUUGGGUGACAUGGCAGUGUCCAGCUCAGUGGGGAGUAACAUCUUUGACAUCACUGUAGGUCUGCCGAUCCCUUGGUUGAUAUACACCCUGCUCCACAACGGUGAGCCAGUUAUGGUCAGCUCCAAUGGCCUGUUCUGCGCCAUUGUGCUGCUCUUCCUGAUGCUCCUCUUUGUCAUUAUCUCCAUCGCCGCCUGUCGGUGGAAGAUGAGCCGAAAGUUGGGCCUCACCAUGUUCGUACUGUACUUUGUGUUCCUCGUCCUGAGUGUUCUGCUGGAGGAUCGUGUCCUCAUCUGCCCUGUUUCCAUCUGAGGGAAACAGCACCGUCACACAAGACUUGGUACAUCCACACACAAAUGAUACUGUAAUAUAGGAUCUGUUAGAGAAAAGAACUGAGCCUAAUGUUAAAAGGCUGAUCAGGCACACACUAGAUGCUAAAUUAAAGGAAAAUUCUACGCUUAAUGUGGUUUUACAUAUUUAAUCUGACAUUUAAUGACAUUUAAUCAACAUUUUCCAGCAGCUCCAGUCUCAUAGUAAAGUCUUACCCUCCACCUUUUUAACUGAGUGUCUAAGCUCUGUGAAAUAUAUUCAACAUAUAGUGCAAAGAGAUGUACACUCAAUGAAAUAAGGGCUAGGAUGUUACUGUCUUUGGUAUGAAAUACAAUGAGAUAUCCAACCGCGGCCUCUGUUGGCAGGAACAAAGACUGCCACUAGGCUCCUACUGCUUUAGUAUGAGUAAUGGGAUUAAACAGCAGGCAGGGAUACAUUGAAAUGUUAGUAGAAGAGAUUGGAAAAUGUGAAGCUUAAAUCAUGGCUUUCAAGUUUGGAGGGUGUGUUUGGUAUUGGACGUGUGGCUUGCAGGAUUUGAUCCAUUUGUGCACAUGUUCAGCCGGUAAUCAGCAAUCUGACUUUAUUGCCCACAAAGAAGUGAUUAUUUCUAACAUAUUGUUUAAUAGUUGCCAAUAGGAGUCCACUGGGAGUGCACUGAAGCAAGCCCGACUACUGUGUGUCCAUAUUUCCAACAUUUCCAACAGUUUUUUAAUGAAAAACGGGAAAACGAUCAGACUUAGCCGCUUAGUCUGCAGGCGCGUGAUUAGAAAGCUAAGUGGUCACAACUAUUUUUCUUUGUGGUUUAAAAGCAACUACCAUUGCAACUAUCAUUUUCAAAGUUCAGCACAUCAUUUCAUGUUGCACUCCUAACAAUAGUAGGUGAUAAAGGAUAUAACAGCAGCGGUGAGAUGGCUGUCUUUGAUUUCAAAACCAUUACAACAGCCAACUUUGAACCUCUUUCACAGUGGGCUAUAGAAUCACCAGUUUGGAGCCAUGACCAAAUUAAGAAUAGUUUUACCCCAAGAAUCCUCUUCAAAUGCAAAAAGUGCAACAGUUUUGUAUAGUAGUGAAACACAUUUACCUAACACAUGAAAGAUCACAGGUCAAGACCAGGAGAAGACACAAAUCCUGAAGUCCAACACACAGAUCCAUCUGCUGUAGCGACCUGCUGUGAAUGAGGGAGUAGCUGGAAGAAGCAUAAUUAAAAACUUCUUAUGACUGUAAAAUAUCAAUACAGCUAAUGCACACAAGACGAGAGAUGUCAGAAUAAAUCAGGAAAUAACUAACGCUAAGACCAGGACUAAGAUAUAUAAGAUUGAAAUAAGAUUUGCUGUGUUGUGGCGUUAACGUCAUUUCAACGAGAUUAACGCUG